CGGGCAGUGAGUUAUUCUGAUAUUCUAGAGAAAUUCUUGGGAAAAUAAGGAACGACUGAAAAAAGGCUCUAUUCGUAUAGUUUUCUUAUAGCUUGACGAAGCAUUGUAUCAUACAGGGUAAAUUACUAAGUUUCUAUUGAGUUCGUACGAGUAGGUUGACUCCUCAAAUUGUUCGGUGAUAGCCAGCGAUCAUGGAAAGACAUGCUAUGAAACACGCAAACGGUUCACCAACGGAGGGCAGUAGUACCCCUCCUAUGGCCAGCGGAAACGACACUGCUAGCGGCAAAACCAAAAAGAUGAUGCCCAAGAAAAAGGAAAAGGAAGGCGAACUGGUGUACAAACAAUGCAAGUCCGAGUUCUUGCAAACCGAACAAGAGAUUUUCUUACAGGCUUUCGAAAAACCUUCCCAAAUAUACAGAACAUUGGGAACAAGAAAUAAGCUCCAGCCAAUCUUUCUUCAUCGCAAUCUGUCGUACAUGCGCAACCGUAUGUCCCGAUCUCACAAAUCCCGCCAGUCUUUCAAAAUCGAUUCGAUGCUUGCGCAAAAGUUGAGCAAACUUCGCAGCGAAAAGGCAAACAUUCUGUCCGCUUGUGGUGAUUCUUUGUCACUGCUGUUUUUAGGAAUUUUCGACAAGAAGAAUGGAACGACCAGAAUCACAACCGAUGCGGCGGACGGUGCGUUUGACGAUGAGCAGGAUGAACAAAAAUUUAGCUCGAGGCGAUACGGGCUCGUUGAAACGUUUCUGCUCAAAAUAUCUCACAACAAGCGGAAGGACAUUUCGUCCACGCUAAAGCAGGUCUCCUUUGGGAAGACCGAUGUAUUGAUAAACCCCAAGGCUGAUCAGAUGACCACCAGAGACUUUGACGAAAAACCACCGGUAGUGCACAUACCGACAGAGUCGUUCAGAUAUCUGUGUACACCAAAUCACGUUGCAGGCCCGCAACUGUCAAUCCUACUGCUGUUCCGUGUCCAUCUCAAGGCUUCACCAACGGCAGCCAAUGGCAAUGGGUUCUGUGACGCUACCGCUAACGGUCACCUCAAAGCGGAACCUGCCAGCGAUGGUGAGGAACCAUCGGCGAAGAGACAGAAGCUGCACACCUUCACCAAACUGAUGACCGGGGAGCUCAAUAUUUGGGGUAAGGAAGGUCCCAUUAAGCUGCAGGAGGGAGAAUACGAGCUUAAACUGCGUGAAAUGAUGCCACAGCAAAGGGCUUUCGUCGCGAAGAAUAAUUCCCCGUUGAAAAACUGGGGCUCGGAAGGGAGCGAAAUGAUGGACUACGAACAGUCGGAUGAUUGUAGCAACACCUCCAGAAACGAUGAGCAAGCCGAACAAGAGCUAAAAGAUUACUUCGAGGAGUUCCGGAAGCACCCGAGACUGAAGUUUCGUGUGCAGUGGACCAAAGAUUCCGAGUGCGGGGUUGCUGAACUCAGUGCUGUGGGAAAUGGGUGCAGUGAUAAGGAAAACUACAAGCCACCGUCCUCACCGUCGGAGUCAUUCAAGAAGGGUUUGAACAUCAACAUCAAUAACAAUAGCAUUCUUACUCCGGCAGCUGCCACCGGGCGCAUGAAUGAAGUGGAGCAAGAUCAAUCAUCAUCCGAUGGCAGCGACUUGCCUCCCAACAAUAUAUUCCUUCCGGACAGCAAUGCCUUAGUGCCUACCAGCAGUAGUAGCAACGGUGACGAAAGACGCAUCAGCGAUAUUGCGGGACUGGAGCACGGCCACGAGGUUAAGCGUGUGAUCUAUCAGCUCAUCCACAACAACUACACGCGCCAACAGACCGAGACGACUGAAUUUACCUGCCCGUGGUGCUCCCUCAAUUGCUGCAUUCUAUAUUCACUGCUAAAGCACCUGAAGCUGUGCCAUGCGCGCUUCGUCUUUAACUUUGUGCCGAUUGCCAACGGAGCACGCAUCGAUGUUUCGAUCAACGAGCUGUACGAUGGGUCGUACAACGGAUCGCCCCACGAUCUGCUCGGUCCCACGAUCGGAUACUCCAGACGGGGCCCGGUACGACGAACGGUGGUGACGAAUCUACUUGUCUGCCGGCCCCGACGACAGAAGCCGAGCCUGUCCGAGUUCAUCGACACGGACGAGAACGAGUUUGAUAGCCAGCGACCGUACAUAACUGGGCACAGCAGGAUGUAUCACCACACCAUGACCUGCCUUCCGGUGUACCCACGGGAACUGGACAUCGAUUCGGAGGGCGAAAGCGAUCCGCUCUGGUUGCAGCACAAAACGAUGCAAAUGAUCGACGAGUUCACGGACGUGAACGAGGGCGAAAAGGAGUUGAUGAAAAUGUGGAAUCUGCACGUAAUGAAGUACGGGUACGUCGGUGACUGCCAGAUACCGAUUGCGUUGGAGAUGUUUAUCGAUAUGCGAGGUCGCGAGCUGUGGGCUCGUAAUCUGUAUCGCAACUUUGUACUGCACAUGAGCUCGAUGUUUGACUUUGGGCUCGUGUCCGCCGAUGUAAUGCAGCGAACCAUAAGAAAAUUGCGUAAAAUUCUACUGAAUGAUGUGGAAUUGCAGCAGCAAAUCCGGCAGUCUCGCGACCAGCAGAUGAGCUAUUGGAACAACGUAACCGUACACAAGCAGGCGCAAAAGACGGAAGCCAGAAACGGCGUCGGAGAGCGAACUUUAGGCGCGGGCGCAAGUUCAUCUUCCGGCAGCAGUAUGGCGUCAUAUCACAAGGCUGUGCAUGGCGGUAGUAACAGUGGUCCGGCCAGUGCUAGCGACGGCCAGCAGCGCAAAGUCAAGCCCACGAUUACGCCGGCCAAAAACACUGAUCCUUCAGCCAUAUCUCCUCCGCGUCGCCGAAGCGCCACUGCUGCGGUCAAUGGUGCAGCAAAAGGCACACCGUCCAGCUCCACGCAAUCAUCAUCUCUAUCAUCAUCCAGUCAUACCAAUACACAUUCCACUGGUACGCCGUCCAAGGGCGGCACGGGGAAGGCGGUGCUGAAAGCGCCGGCCCCGCCAUCCUCAUCGACUCCCACCUCUGCUAGCAAGAAAUCAUCCUCCGCUUCUUCGGCGGUGUCCAGUAGCGCCAUCGCCACAUCCUCCUCCUCAUCAAAUCAUAACAAGCACCACCAGCAUAGCCAAUUCAAAGCCGCCAUGCUGUCCCCUGUAAUGACGCGAAGGAAAUCUCUUUCUCUAGGAACGCAUCUUUCGCAGUCGCAGCGCAAACGGUCCCUCAACUGAGACUACGCGGCAACGGCUACGACUCACCAAUGAACUCAUAGCGGACAAGUGGAAAAGGAAUAUCCUGCGAAGAAAACAAGACGAGUAAAAAACCGAACUACCUAAGCACAUAGUACUGCGAACUUAUAGGAUAAGAUAAGUCUUAUCAUUCUUUUUUUAUACGUAAAUAACAAACAGAGAAGGUACAGGAAAAGGGCAACGAGGGAAUGCCGCAUAAAAGCAAAAUUCUUUAAAUUGACUCGGAAUUGCAAGAUAGAAUUUGUUGGGUUUUGGAGCUUAUUCAUCGGCGAUGUCGUGUCAUCGUCCUUCAGCAGCGAACGACUCAUUCGCUUUAGUUUUUGGCUAAGGUAGUAUAACAAUUUUAGGUCUAGAUGAUGGUCACAAAGAUAAAUUUCUUAAAAUGAGGACAGUGAGGAAUAGAUGAAUUUAUGCCGACGCAUGUGAUCCUCGAAUUGAACAAAGAUAUAUGAAUAUUACAAGUAAAAGUAUUCUUCUCCGGCGAUUAAUUUAAUGACCCCUCCGAGGAAUAUAGAUACAGCGAAAGUACUGCCGUUCAAAAGAAGACGAAAUGUCUUUGAGGUCCUGGAGAACCAUUUCAAUAUACCCCUCAGGGAGGAUGGUAAGUGGAGGGAGGAGAGGGAGAGAAACUUACAAAAGCUGCUGUGGUUGUAGAACAAAAAUGGAAUAGUUCUGUUAUUUUGGAUUUUAUCUGGUCUAAGCCGAGAGAGGAUUAUUUUCGACCAUUCACUGCCAUUUAUUGCACGGAUUUUUGUAUGGAAAAUUGUUUGCACGGAUGCUUUAUUCUCGCUCCAAAUUGUUUUAUUGUAAUCAUUAUUGUUAGAAAAAGGGGGAGCUUUUUGCUCGAUACACUAUCAGACAUAAUCUUUUAUUGAACUCCACAAUGGCGGUAAUUUUAUUUUAGUUUUUUUGUUCCCCGGGGGGCAACACUGCAGUUUAUACUACUUUCUUUUGCAUUUUUACGUUCUUAAAUGCCUUAGAUUUUGCCCCUUUUUUGUUUAGAAUUGAAUUAUAAACGCAAUAAACAUUGAACUAAACGGAAUGUCUA